AUGGGCUUCCCUCAGGACGCCAGGUGAGUUUAUCUGCCUGCCUACUAACUAAUUAACUGACUAGGUGAGAAACACACCACUGAGGUGAUUUACCAACUAACUAGGCUAGCUAACUAACUAGUUAACAAACUAUUAAACUAAUUAGCGAACUGACUUAACUGACUGCUAGAAGAGUUAAUAAUGUGUGAUUUCUUAGUCUAUAUCUCUCAGAUCCUUGCAGAAAUCGUAUGUUGUUUAAAAUAAUAGAAACCAGCUUUAGCAUAAAGGCAAAGUUUUUUUUAAAAAUUUUUAGGGGCAAUUCCAUGGUAACAGAAUUUUUCUACUUUAAAAUGUACAAUAAAUAAAACCAUUGCUUUCCAUGUUUAACAAACCAUAAAACUCUAUGCACAAGGACAACUUUAAACCAUUUCCACAGAACAUGUUGCAACACAGAUACAACGUUUUUCCAGUAAAGGUUUUUAUAAAAACAAUUGACUGUUUUAAAUUGUUCAAAGUAGUCAUUGUACAUAGAGUUGUUUGGUUUAUCAAAUGUUGAAAUCAAUGUUUUUUUUGUUAGGCAAAUAUUUUAAAGUGACAAAAUCGUCUCAGUGUAAUUCUGUUACAGAGGAAAUGGCUGUGGUACAUGAUCUCUUCAGGCUUACAUCUUCAAAAAGUCAUUGUUUGAGCUGGGUAACAUGGUUCUCAUCUCAAAACUGUUUUUCACGGUAUUGAAUUGGCUUCAAAGAUAUAGUUGGUGGCAUUGUGAACAAUCUUGUUGCUUCUCUGUAUGAUAGUUGUUGUGAAUAUUGUGAGGUAAAAUGUGAGCAUUCCUCACAACUCGGUCUUAUCCUCUAUACUGCACCAAACCCAUGUUUUGUAAAAAGUUCCUAAUGUGAGAGAAAGAUGAAUGCGUAACAUGUUUACCUGCUUUGUUUAACAAAUAGUAAGACAUUUCUGUCCUAUUAAUGCUGUGUUUUUGUAAAGGGAUGGUUUCUACUCCAGCUCCCUGCAGCUAGUCUAGGCGUGUGGUCAAGGACAUGGGUUUUUACUUGAGAUAUGGGUAUCUGGAGCUGGCAACUGAUUUAUGAAUGUCUAGGUGAUAAAACCAACAGCCACAUUCCAUUUAACGAUGUGUGAGAGGGAGAUGUCUCUGGUCUGACUGAGCCUGCAUUGGUGUUUGUGUAAUGUAAGGUACCAGGGAGAGAUGGCUCGGGUGUGGAUAAUGUUGAUAAGAACCUUGUCUUGGGGGCCAAACCCUGGUUUCCAUACAAUGAGAACAGUCUUCACCGCAGAUACUGUCUGCUGUGAAUUAUUAAUUGAUUUCAUACAAAUCCUAACCUUUUGACUCAUUCCACACAUCUGCUGUUUGUCAUGUAGAGUGAGAGGGGGUAUCGUGCUAUAAAAGAUGUCAGAACUCUCAACCCAACAGUCAAGAGUGUUGGGUCGACCAGCCUCACUUUACUACCUUAUUAAUACGUUUUGAAUAAAGUAAUAUCCUGAUCGGUGAUUGACCUUGUCUCUCCUCAUUAUUGAUUAGAAUUUCCACGACACUAAUAACUGAGAAAAGCAAACAUUCUCACACACACACACACACACACACACACACACACACACACACACACACACACACACACACACACACACAACAACAGGGACAGACCUACUUGUCUUUUUUCCACCUGUUCUUUCUCCUGAGUGACAGCCUAUAGAAAAACACUUGGCAUUCAGGUAGACCUGUCGUUCAGUCUGCCUGAUGUGUCGGUAGACAGGUCUGUCGUUCAGUCUACCUGAUGUGUCGUUCAGUCUGCCUGAUGUGUAGGUAGACAGGUCUGUCGUUCAGUCUACCUGAUGUGUACAGUUCGGAACAAGUCGGAAGUUUACAUACACUUAGGUUGGAGUCAUUAAAACUUGUUUUUCAACCACUCCACAAAUUUCUUGUUAACAAACUAUAGUUUUAGCAUGUCGGUUAGGACAUCUACUUUGUGCAUGACAAGUAAUUUUUCCAACAAUUGUUUACAGACAGAUUAUUUCACUUAUAAUUUACUGUAUCACAAUUCCAGUGGGUCAGAAGUUUUACAUACAUUAUGUUGACUGUGCCUUUAAACAGCUUGGAAAAUUCCAGAAAAUGAUGUCAUGGCUUUAGAAGCUUCUGAUAGGCUAAUUGACAACAUUUGAGUCAAUUGGAGGUGUACCUGUGUAUGUAUUUCAAGGCCUACCUUCCAACUCAGUGCCUCUUUGCUUGACAUCAUGGGAAAAUCAAAAGAAAUCAGCCAAGACCUCAGAAAAGAAAUUGUAGACCUCCACAAGUCUGGUUCAUCCUUGGGAGCAAUUUCCAAAUGCCUGAAGGUACCACGUUCAUCUGUACAAAUAAUAGUACGCAAGUAUAAACACCAUGGGACCAACGCAGCCGUCAUACCGCUCAGGAAGGUGACGCGUUCUGUCUCCAAGAGAUUAACGUACUUUGGUGCGAAAAGUGCAAAUCAAUCCCAGAACAACAGCAAAGGACCUUGUGAAGAUGCUGGAGGAAACCGGUACAAAAGUAUCUAUAUCCACAGUAAAACGAGUGCUAUAUCGACAUAACCUGAAAGGCCACUCAGCAAGGAAGAAGCCACUGCUCCAAAACCGCCAUAAAAAAGCCAAACUACGGUUUGCAACUGCACAUGGGGACAAAGAUCGUACUUUUUUGGAGAAAUGUCUUCUGGUCUGAUGAAACAAAAAUAGAACUGUUUGGCCAUAAUGACCAUCGUUACGUUUGCAAGCCGAAGAACACCAUCCCAACCGUGAAGCACGGGGGUGGCAGCAUCAUGCUGUGGGGGUGCUUUGCUGCAGGAGGGACUGGUGCACUUCACAAAAUAAAUGACAUCAUGAGGAAGGAAAAUUAUGUGGAUAUAUUGAAGCAACAUCUCAAGACAUCAGUCAGGAAGUUAAAGCUUGGUCGCAAAUCGGUCUUCCAAAUGGACAAUGACCCCAAGCAUACUUCCAAAGUUGUGGCAAAAUGGCUUAAGGACAACAAAGUCAAGGUAUUGGAGUGGCCAUCACAAAGCCCUGACCUCAAUCCUAUAGAAAAUGUGUGGGCAGAACUGAAAAAGCAUGUGCGAGCAAGGAGGCCUACAAACCUGACUCAGUUACACCAGCUCUGUCAGGAGGAAUGGGCCAAAAUUCACCCAACUUAUUGUGGGAAGCUACCCGAAACUUUUGACCCAAGUUAAACAUUUACAUUUACGUCAUUUAGCAGACACUCUUAUCCAGAGCGACUUACAGUUAGUGAGUGCAUACAUCUUUUUUUUUUUUAUAUACUGGCCCCCCAUGGGAAUCGAACCCACAACCCUGGCGUUGCAAACGCAAUGCUCUACCAACUGAGCUACAUCCCUGCCGGCCAUUCCCUCCCCUACCCUGGACGACGCUGGGCCAAUUGUGCGCCGCCCCAUGGGUCUCCCGGUCGCGGCCGGCUACGACAGAGCCUGGAUUCGAACCAGGAUCUCUAGUGGCACAGCUACCACUGCGCCACUCUGGAGACAAUUUAAAGGCAAUGCCACCGAAUACUAAUUGAGUGUAUGUAAACUUCAGACCCACUGGGAAUGUGAUGAAAGAAAUAAAAGCUGAAAUAAAUCAUUCUCUCUAUUAUUAUUCUGACAUUUCACAUUCUUAAAAUAAAGUGGUGAUCCUAACUGACCUAAGACAGGGAAUUUUUACUAGGAUUAAAUGUCAGGAAUUGUGAAAAACUGAGUUUAAAUGUAUUUGGCCAAGGUGUAUGUAAACUUCCAACUUCAACUGUAGGUAGACAGGCCUGUCGUUCAGUCUACCUGAUGUGUAGGUAGACAGACCUAAAAGUACUGUGGUACUUACCUUAAACAUUCUGUACAAAGGACUAACAACAGCAGAGCAUUAUGAUCUACUAGCUACUGGUGUUUUAUUAAAGGCCUUUUUAGUAGGACAAAAGCCAAGGCGUGUGUGUGUGUGUGUGUGUGUGUGUUUUUGUGUUUGAAUGUACCAAUGUUGAAAGUGGUGUGUCCAAGGCCAUUAUUGUGUGUGUCAAAAGUAGUGCACAAACUAGGGAAUAGGGUACCAUUUGGGACUCGGCCACAGCCUGUACUUUAACCUUCUGUGUUGGAACAGUUUAAGUGGAGCCACUGCAGUAUGACCUUGGACAGACUCCUUUCAACACACACGUUUACUUUAUGACUGUCCUUCAAUGAUGAUGUUGCAAACACACACUCAUUUUUAAUAGCCUCUCUUUCUCUCUCGUAGAGAACGCUCUCCAACUGAAGCCUGUCUCUGUGUGUGUGUUCUAGGUCCCAGAUAGCGGCUGUCCCCACCAGAGCAGAAAGUCUGGAGGGCUUCAAAGCCUAUUCUGUCUUCCAGGAGAUAGAGAAGAAACUACAGGAGGUACAGCCCCUGGACAAACCAAAGUCCUAUUAACCAUUUAUAUCCUUUUAAUGCAAAGUCCAAAUGUAUUCAUGUUCUGUGUGGGUGCUGACGACUGCAGACUCUUACCUCAGUCUCACUCUGCAGUGUCAUUGCUGCUUGUUUGUCACAUCAAUUAAGUGCCAAAUUUUAAUGUUAUUUAACAAAGCUUUUUGUAUUAUAAUAAUGACUUAUUUGCCACAUUUGAAUUUUAUUUAACAAAGCUUUUUUUUAAAUUAUAAUAAUGACUUUAUGAGGUCAUUUGUGUCUCUGUUUAACAGUCUGUCACCAGAGACCAAUGUCAAGGUAGUCUCAGAACCCAGUAAAACUAGCUAGCUACGUGAUUUAUGUGAGUCCGUCACCUCAUACAGUACCAGUCAAAAGGUUGGACAAACCUACUCAUUCCAGGGUGUUUCUUAAUUUUUUACUAUUUUAAACAUUGUAGAAUAAUAGUGAAGACAUCAAAACUAUGAAAUAACACAUAUGGAAUCAUGUAGUAACCAAAAAAGUGUUAAACAAAUCAAAAUAAAUUUGAGAUUCUUCAAAGUAGCCAACCUUUGCCUUGAUGACAGCUUUGCACACUCUUGGCAUUCUCUCAACCAGCUUCACCUGGAAUUGUUUUCCAACAGUCUUGAAGGAGUUCCCACAUAUGCUGAGCACUUGUUGGCUGCUUUUCCUUCACUCUGCGGUCCAACUCAUCCCAAACCAUCUCAAUUGGGUUGAGGUCAGGUGAUUGUGGAGGCCAGGUCAUCUGAUGCAGCACUCCUCACUCUCCUUCUUGGUCAAAUAGCCCUUACACAGCCUGGAGGUGUGUUUUGGGUCAUUGUCCCACUAAGCGCAAACCAGAUGGGAUGGCGUAUCGCUGCAGAAUGCUGUGGUAGCCAUGCUGGUUAAGUGUGCCUUGAAUUCUAAAUAAAUCACUGACAGUGUCACCAGCAAAGCUCCAUCACACCAACUCCUCCAUGCUUCUAGGUGGAAACCACACAUGCGGAGAUCAUCCGUUCACCUACUCUGCGUCUCACAAAGACACGGCGGUUGGAAGCAAAAAUCUCAAAUUUGGACUCAACAGACCAAAGGACAGAUUUCCACCGAUCUAAUGUCCAUUACUCGUGUUUCUUGGCCCAAGCAAGUCUCUUCUUAUUGGUGUCCUUUAGUAGUGGUUUCUUUGCAGCAAUUCGACCAUGAAUUCCUGAUUCACUCAGUCUCCUCUGAACAGUUGAUGUUGAGAUGUGUCUGUUACUUGAACUCUGUGAAACAUUUAUUUGGGCUGCAAUCUGAGGUGCAGUUAACUCUACUGAACCUAUCCUCUGCAGCAGAGGUACUCUGGGUCUUCCAUUCCUGUGGCGGUCCUCAUGAGAGCCAGUUUCAUCAUAGCGCUUGAUGGUUUUUGCGACUGCACUCUUGACAUUUUCAGUAUUGACUGACCUUCAUGUCUUAAAGUAAUGAUGGACUGUCUCUUUGCUUAUUUGAGCUGUUCUUGCCAUAAUAUGGACUUGGUAUUUUACCAAAUAGGGCUAUCUUCUGUAUACCCCCCCUACCUUGUCACAACACAACGGAUUGGCUCAAACGCAUUAAGAUGGAAAGAAAUUCCACAAAUUAACUUUUAAUAAGGCACACCUGUUUAAUUGAAAUGCAUUCCAGGUCACUACCUCAUGAAGCUGGUUGAGAGAAUGCCAAGAGUGUGCAAAGCUGUCAUCAAGGCAAAGGGUGGCUACUUUGAAGAAUCUGAAAUAUAAAAUAUAUUUUGAUUUGUUUAACACUUUUUUGGUUAGUACAUGAUUCCAUAUGUGCUAUUUCAUAGUUUUGAUGUCUUCACUAUUAUUUUAAAAUGUAAAAAUAAAGAAAAACCCUGGAAUGAGUAGGUGUCCAAACUUUUUUGACUGGUACUGUAUAUAUUUAGGUAACGUUAACCCGACGCCAGCCUCCGCUUCCGUGUUUGAGUGAUGGACAAGACUUUGAAGUAUGGUGAUGCAACAUUAACCUAACACAACCCAACAGAACGCAAAGCCAUAACAGUCCAUCUCUCUCUGCUCUGAUUGGGUCACAUUGCAGGAAGGAAAAGACGUUGUGAAGAAGAUUGGUGGAGUUUUUGCCUUCAAGGUGAAAGAUGGACCAGAGGGGAGAGACGCUCUGUGGGUCGUAGACGUGAAGAAUGGACAAGGCUCCGUGAGCAACGAUGCUGGUGUGUGUCUGUCCGUGUGUCUGUCCGUGUGUGUCUAUGUGCGUGUCUCAUCAGAAUAUUUGGUCUUUGUGUUUUGACAAUGUUGAGUGUUUUUAUCAAUGUGAGCGUUAGAGGACUUGGAGGAGCUGGGAUUCUGCCAUAUUAGAUUUCCUGACAAAAAAAACCCAGAACGAAUGUCCGUCUGAGGAGAUGGUUGUCUGCAGAAUAUAAAAGGAUAGACAGUCUGUCUUCUGAGAGCAGCUCUCUAAUGCAAAGACAAAGAAGGAUUUUAAUCAAACGCCAAACGCACACAAACACAACUUUUAAAUUGCAUCCUUUAGGAAACACACACACAGUCUCACAGAUAAACUUUUUAAAUUGCUUCCAUUAUGGCUGUCUGGACCAGUGUCCUGUUCUUCCACUCAGCUCUGUUGAAAAACCUUUCUAAACUUGACCUUCCUCUGAGCAUGUUAUCAAACCCAUCUCACUUGUUAGGAUGUUGUGUGCGUCCCAGAUUGCACCCAAUGCCCUAUAUGGUGCACUACUUUUGACCAGAGCCGUAUAGGGUGGCAUUUGGGACACAGCCCCAACAGUACGUUGAAUGGUCUCUAAAGUGCAGCGAACAUACUCUUCCUGGGGUCCAAACAUAUUAAAACACUUACAUUACAUAUAAAAACAAAGUAUAAAACAGUACAUCAUAUAACAUUAUUACACCACUACCUAUCUACAAUACAACAUGUUUAAUACCACCAUACAACAAUAUCACAAAGGGUGCGUAUGCAUGUGUCUAUACCUUUUGUGUGUGUCUCUUCACAGUCCCCGUUGUUCCAUAAGGUGUAUUUUUACCUGUUUUUUAAAAAAUCUGAUUCUACUGCUUGCAUCAGUUACCUGAUGUGGAAUAGAGUUCCAUGUAGUCAUGGCUCUAUGUAGUACUGUGCGCCUCCCAUAGUCUGUUCUGGACUUGGGGACUGUGAAGAGACCUCUGGUGGUAUGUCUCGUGGGGUAUGCAUGGGUGUCCGAGCUGUGUGCCAGUAUUCCAAACAGACAGCUCAGUACAUUCAGCUUGUCAACACCUCUUACAAAAACAAGCAGUGAUGAAGUCAAUCUCUCUUCCACUCUGAGCCAGGAGAGACUGACAUGCAUGUCAUUAAUUUUAGCUCUCCGUGUACUUUUAAGGGCCAGCCGUGCUGCCCUGUUCUGAGCCAACUGCAGUUUUCCCAAGUCCCUCUUUGUGGCACCUGAUCACACUACUGAACAGUAGUCUAGGUGCGACAAAACUAGGGCCUGUAGGACCUGCCUUGUUGAUAGUGUUGUUAAGAAGGCAGAGCAGCGCUUAAUUAUGGACAUACUUCUCCCCAUUUUAGCUACUGUUGUAUCAAUAUGCUUUGACCAUGACAGUUUACAAUCCAGGGUUACUCCAAGCAGUUUAGUCACCUCAACUUACUCAAUUUCCACAUGAUUCAUUAUGAGAUGUUGUUGAGGUUUAGGGUUUAGUGAAUGAUUUGACCCAAAUAUAAUGCUUUUAGUUUUGGAAAUAUUUAGGACUAACUUAUUCCUUGCCACCCAUUCCGAAACUAACUGCAACUCUUUCUUAAGUGUUGCAGUUAUUUCAGUUGCUGUAGUAGCUGACGUGUAUAGUGUUGAGUCAUCCGCAUACAUAGACACACUGGCUUUACUCAAAUUCUGGCAUGUCGUUAGUAAAGAUGGGAAAAAGUAAGGGGGCUAGACAGCUGCCCUGGGGAAUGCCUGACUCUACCUGGAUUAUGUUUGAGAGGCUUCCAUUAAAGAACACCCUCUGUGUUCUGUUAGACAGUUAACCCUUUAUCCACAUUAUUGCAGGGGGUGUAAAGCCAUAACACAUAUGUUUUUCCAGCAGCAGACUAUGAUCAAUAAUGUCAAAAGCCGCACUGAAGUCUAACAAAACAGCCCCCACAAUCUUUUUAUCAUCAAUUUCUCUCAGCCAAUCAUCAGUCAUUUAUGUAAGUGCUGUGCUUGAUGAAUGUCCUUUUCUAUAAGCAUGCUGAAAGUUUGUUGUCAAUUUGUUUACUGUAAAAUAGCAUUGUAUCUGGUCAAACACUAUUUAUUCCAAUAGUUUACUAAGGGUUGGUAACAGGCUGAUUGGUCGGCUAUUUGAGCCAGUAAAGGGGGCUUUACUAUUCUUAGGUAGCGGAAUGACUUUUGCUUCCCUCCAGGCCUGAGGUUACACACUUUCUAGUAGGCUUAAAUUGAAAAUAUGGCAAAUAGGAGUGGCAAUAUCGUCCGCUAUUAUCCUCAGUAAUUUUCCAUCCAAUUUGUAAGACCCCGGUGGCUUGUUAUUGUUAAUAGACAGCAAUACGUUUUUCACCUCUUCCACACUCACUUUACAGAAUUCAAAAUUACAGUGCUUGUCUUUCAUAAUUUGGUCAGAUAUACUUGGAUGUGUAGUGUCAGCAAUUGUUGCUGGCAUGUCAUGCCUAAGUUUGCUCAUCUUGCCAAUGAAAAAAUUAUUAAAGUAGUUGGCAAUAUCAGUUGGUUUUGUGAUGAAUGAGCCAUCUGAUUCAAUGAAUGAUGGAGCUGAGUUAGCCUUUUGUUGUUGUUUUCAUGUUGAGUUAAUAAUAAUAAUAAUAAUAAUAAUAAUAUGCCAUUUAGCAGACUCUUUUAUCCAAAGCGACUUACAGUCAUGCGUGCAUACAUUUUUGUGUAUGGGUGGUCCCGGGGAUCGAACCCACUACCUUGGCGUUACUAGCGCCGUGCUCUACCAGCUGAGCUACAGAGGACCACAAAAACUAGACGUUGAACUGACGUCUGUGCCCAGUGGGUUGCGAAAGUUUCCAUGUCCCCUAAUGUUUUUACAGCUACUAGGAAGAUUUUAACCUACUUCACCCAAACAUUUCCCCAAGUUUUCACCAUCAUUGUAAAGCUCUAGGUAUUGUUGUUGCUUUGACAGUCAUUUCUGAAAGACUAUUAUUUAAUCAUGUGAUUAGUAAUUCAUUUACGUCUCUCAUUUUAAGGUCAACCCUGUUACUUGAACUGAACUCUCGUUUUAUAUUCCAAAUAAAUAUUGAACAUCUAAUAGUGAAAUCAUAAUGUACAAUCAGGGUGAGCUCUUUUUCGCCGUUUUGUGGUGGAAAACUGAGGGGCUCGAGCGUAACACGUAAAAACCCUCUUAUCCAUAGAUAGACAGGCUAGAAAUGUUUUUAACCAUUACAUUUUUUUUGGUGAAAUAUGCAUUCAAUUGCCCCUCGCUGUUGCACACAACAAGCUUCCAUUCCUCCUGUCACAAGGGGAGUUAUGGCUGAUAAGAUGAAAUCAUCAACCCUGAUACUUUAUUUGGAACUUAUAGGCAUUUACUAUAGUAUUAAAAAAAAAAAAUACUAUAGUAUUUACACAUUUUUUUACUAUAGUAUUUUUUUAAAAUUUAAACUUGAUGUGAACAUUUGUUAUUUUAUUAAGUUGAACAUGUGAGCCAGUUUCAUCAUAGCGCACAUAACAUGUGCUCUUUAAAACAAUGUUAAAAUUAGGUGAAAUCAAACGUUUUUUUUUGGACCAAGUUAUACUACUCAAAAGGCACCCAAUUGGUGGAACGACCCAACAACCGAGUCUAUCAUCUGUCUAGCUAUGAAUAGCAAAGUCCUUAUUAUUAUGGUGCAAAUAAUUGAUGUUCCCAUGUACUGCAUUGUUGAUCAGACCAUUCUCACCUCACCCUACCCACUUAUGUAUGUCUGUGUCCCAAAUAGGCUCUGGUCAAAAGUACUACACUUUAUAGGGAAAACGUUGCCAUUUGGGACAUAGCCUAUGUCACAUGUAAUCAGUAGUACAGUAAUCAUUUUAAUACUGGAAAGUUAUGUGGGGCAGGAUAAUUGAAGGAAGGUUAUGUGGGGCAGGAUAAUUGAAGGAAGGUUAUGUGGGGCAGGAUAAUUGAAGGAAGGUUAUGUGGGGCAGGAUAAUUGAAGGAAGGUUAUGUGGGGCAGGAUAAUUAAGGAAGGAAGGUUUUGUAGGGCAGGAUAAUUGAAGGAAGGUUUUGUAGGGCAGGAUAAUUGAAGGAAGGUUUUGUAGGGCAGGAUAAUUGAAGGAAGGUUUUGUAGGGCAGGAUAAUUGAAGGAAGGUUUUGUAGGGCAGGAUAAUUGAAGGAAGGUUUUGUAGGGCAGGAUCAUUGAAUGAAGGUUUUGUACGGCAGGAUAAUUGAAGGAUGGUUUUUGUAGGGCAGGAUAAUUGAAGGAUGGUUUUUGUAGGGCAGGAUAAUUGAAGGAGGGUUUUAUAGGGCAGGAUAAUUGAAGGAAGGUUUUGUAGGGCAGGAUAAUUGAAGGAAGGUUUUGUAGGGCAGGAUAAUUGAAGGAAGGUUUUGUAAGGCAGGAUAAUUGAAGGAAGGUUUUGUAGGGCAGGAUAAUUGAAGGAAGGUUUUGUAGGGCAGGUUAAUUGAAGGAAGGUUUUGUAGGGCAGGAUAAUUGAAGGAAGGUUUUGUAGGGCAGGAUAAUUGAAGGAAGGUUUUGUAGGGGAGGUUAAUUGAAGGAAGGUUUUGUAGGGCUGGAUAAUUGAAUGAAGGUUUUGUACGGCAGGAUAAUUGAAGGAUGGUUUUUGUAGGGCAGGAUAAUUGAAGGAGGGUUUUAUAGGGCAGGAUAAUUGAAGGAAGGUUUUGUAGGGCAGGAUAAUUGAAGGAAGGUUAUGUGGGGCAGGAUAAUUGAAGGAAGGUUAUGUGGGGCAGGAUAAUUGAAGGAAGGUUUGGGGGGCAGGAUAAUUGAAGGAAGGUUAUGUGGGGCAGGAUAAUUGAAGGAAGGUUUUUGUAGGGCAGGAUAAUUGAAGGAAGGUUUUGUAGGGCAGGAUAAUUAAAGGAAGGGUUUUGUAGGGCAGGAUAAUUGAAGGAAGGUUUUGUAGGGCAGGAUAAUUGAAGGAAGGUUUUGUAGGGGAGGUUAAUUGAAGGAAGGUUUUUGUAGGGCAGGAUAAUUGAAGCUCUCUUAUUUUAUUCUCUCCUCCAUUCAGACAAGAAGGCUGACUGCACUAUCACCAUGGGAGAUGAAGACUUAAUGAUGCUGAUGACAGGCAAGAUGAAUCCACAGACGGUGAGUCUUUAAAACAACAAUGAGUAAUGCUGCCUAUUCCCUAUAUAGUACACUACUUUUUACCAAAGACCUACGGUAAUAGGGUUCCAUUUGGGAUAAAGCCCAAUGCUCUUGUCCUCUUGUUCAGUUUUCAGGAGGUAAAUAGGUGUUAGAUGA